CAAUUCUUCAAUUCUACUCCGUAUAUGGUUCACAAAUUGUCAAAAUAAGUACAACCGUAAUUUGUCAAGCCAAGAUACCAUCAUAUAUUGUACAAUACAAUUACUACAUCUGAUAUGCUAACACACCAGCAAUGUUGCAUUUGUAAGCAAAUAAACAUAAUUGAUUCAUAAACCUAUACUAUUUAUAGAGACAUGCUUAGAAAAUCACUCCUAUAUAAUAGUUGCGGAUAUUUAGGAGCGCUACAUGUAACCUUAAAACAAAUAAAUAAUAAUGCCGGCCUUUUACUCAUUUUACCUCCUCAAAAAUAACAGACAUCCAGAUUGCCUAAACAUCUGGAUCAAAAUUCGAAUGACCUCUCCUUUUUAUCAUCUUUGUUAAUGGUUAAGUUUAAUACCAUAGGAAAACAAUAAUCGCAUUGAGCCUAAUUAAUUUGCCUUCCCGUAGAUGUAUUCUGGGCAACAGCCAUCACCACCACCAAACUACUUAAUGCUGGAAAACCAAUAUCGUACACGACCACCACCUUCCUAUUACACACCACAACCUUAUCCCUAUGGACAUGCUAUCCCUCAAUAUCAGUCCCGGCGUUCAGGGUGCCAUUGCUGUGUUAGGUUCAUUUGCUGCAUCGCUUGUCUUCUCUUCCUGUUCAUUUGUAUCUUGAUAGUCGGCGUUGUUUUGACCUACACAUUUUACAGGCCAAUGAUCCCUAUAUACAAAAUAGAAGACUUAACUGUUACAAACUUCAACAUGCAGCCUGACCUGAGUAUUGUUACAGAUUUUCAUAUAACCAUUAAAGCAGAAAAUCCCAACACCAAAAUUGGUUUCAAUUACGGGAAAAAUAGUACAAUAGUUGUCUCUUUUGAGGGCUCCAUCUUAUGCAGCGGUAAGCUUCCUUCUUUCUACCAACCACACGAGAACGUCACAAUUAUCAAUAUCCUAUUGACAGGGACAACCAUGUUUGGGUCUCACCUUCAUAACACCCUUACUGGUGAUGUACAUCAGGGUCGAAUUCCAUUGAUUGUUGAGGUCAAAGUCCCUGUAACUCUUGUUUUGGAUAAUAUUCCAAUGCGACAAUUUAAUAUUUAUGUAAUUUGUCAUAUGACUGUUGAUGAUUUAAAGCCACACAAGAAACCCAAAAUUUUAUCUACCACUUAUUCAUUUGAUUUCGGAUUAUGAUCAUUUUCCCCAUACUGUAAGCCGAUAGUCUAGGUUGGAUACUACUCCAUGUGUAUAUAUAGAUAUGCGGAUAAUAUUUUUCUUUUGUUUCGGAGAAUUUUAGGUUUAUACUUUAUAGUAAACAUCUUGUCCAAAUCAGAGAUAUAUUGAUAAACUUAUUUUUAUAACAAAUCAUUGGAUAAAUGUACACAUUUUUGUGUACAAACUUUUCAAGGAUUUUAUGCCCAUUGCCCAAAACCGUAAUACUCAACGAUUUGAUUAGAGAAAAAAAAGUAUACAACAUAUUGUUCAUGGUAUGGGAUUAUGAUUACUUUUUACUAAUCAAUCUUUUUUCAAUAUACUGUCAUAUUUUGAAAUUUCAUUCCUGGACAGAUCGGGGAAUUAUCCAGUUGAAGUGGUCUUGGACUCGGGCACGGUCGGGCGAUUUUACAGAUGAGUUUUCUGUGAUGUUCUCGUCCGAUCAGGCGGCCUCCCCCGUCGGCCCUCGGGAAAGAAAGGCUUCUAUGGCUCGUUUUUCCUUUCCUCAAAAUGUACUUCUAGACUUUAAAUCUGCACAAAACACAACUCAAAACGUAGUGAAAAGAACUCAUUUCAUCUUGCUAGUGAAUAAAAACAAAGUAACAACAAAAUGAUCUACAAUGUAAAGCGAUAAAUAAAAGGAUUUGCAUAUAGUACAAAGUAAACACGUGUCCUACAUAGGUUAUUUCAUAGCCCGUUUAUCAAAUAUUUUCACAACGCCUAAAAUUUUCAAAAAUCCCGCUGGGCACGGGCGAGGGUCGUGCGCGGGGAGAUGGGCAGCAGCAGUGCCCACGACUAGAGCGGGGCACGCGAGGCAAGCAGCUCGCUAUGUAGCACGCACCGAAGAAGAAAUAGAAAGAAGAAAGAAAGAGAGAAACAUUGAGGAAACUUAGGAGA